AUGGCGCUCACCUCUGGGUCAGGUGGAGGCAGCGAGAGGCUCCUUCCUGGGUACUGCCAGGAUACCCUGCACUUCCUCUGGCAGCCUGAGUGUGGGAAAUGGCAGCGGCCCCGUCUGGCGUUCCCAGGCCACCCCAGUGCUGGGGGAGUUGCAGGUGGUGGGGUCACCUUGGAGGGGGUACAGCCCGUUCACAUCGGCUCUGCUUCCCUCUCUCCCCACCCCCACGGGCUGGCUUGGCUGAGCCCGACGCUUCUCAAGGUGAGGGGGGCGUCCUUGAAGGCUCUGGACGCCCCACACCAAGGAGCUUUCAGGGCAGGAAAUGUGAUCGGGCAGCUGAUUUAUCUCCUUACCUGGUCUUUGUUCACAGCCUGGCUCCGGCCCCUCACCCUGCUGCAGGGCCCGAGGACGUCUCCCCAGGGGUCCCCACCUCGGCCUCCUUGGGGGGACUAUGCUGAGCCCAGCUGCCUCUGUGAGAUGAAGAUAAGAAGAAGACAUGAAGGGCCUGCCUGGGGGCAGUCUGGCUUUCUCGCAGAGGGGCUGCACCUGGCUCCCUCCUCCCUCUCACCAGCAGCCUGCGGGUGGUGA